UUUCAAAAGGACACCUUGCACAUUCUUUUCAGAUUUUUUGGGGAACUUUUCCUUCUACAUGCCCCUAUAGAUCCUGUCCUUCUUCUCCCUUAUUAAUCUUUGAAGGGCCACAAAAUUAACAACCCCCCCAAAAAAAUAAACUAAAAUUGAAAGACAUAGAACAUAAUUAGUCAUUACUCAACAACAUCAUAAUUCAGUUGACCUUAAUAGCUUUGCUUGCUACUAUUAUAUAUUGAUACCCUUCUUCUGAGCAAUUUUGGGUUUGAAGAUUUUCUAGGGUUUGUGUGAAUUCGUAGCUUGAUUAGGAUCCGGGUCCUGCUCUACUAAAGAUUUUGGGAUUUAGGGUUCUUGUGAUUUGAUGGAGGGAUUUGUAUAAUAGGGACAAUCUAUUUUUUGAUGUAUUGUUGUUAUGAUAGAAGAGCUAGGGUAUUAUCAGACUUUUGAUCUUCAAAUUUAUAGUUUUUAAGAGUUUGAAUUUGUGGGAGGCCAAUGGAUGAUGAGUCUUCUUCCUGGAUUAGAAGAACUAAGUUUUCUCACACAGUUUGUCAUCGACUCGACUCGUCUAGAUUGGCCUCCGUUCCGUUAAGAUUUCGAACACAGGAAGUUCCCUUAUGGAAGCCAAGGCCUGAAGCUGCUGCUUCUCGACCUGAAGCAGCAGCUGUUCAGUCAGAAAUUGCUCCUUCUCGGCCUGAAGCAGCAGCCAGGCCGAAAGCUGCUGUUGUUCGUAAGGUUUACGAACCAUACCAACCCCAGAUUCAACGACAUCCGUUGACAAAUAAACCAAGAUCUGUGUCACCUUUACCUCAAACCCUUUUGCCAGAUGCAUUUAAGGAAGCGCGGUUAGAUGUAAAGAGAUCAUCGACGCCGCUUCCUAGAAGGAAGGAGCCUGAUAAGAAAUUAAACAAAUCAUUUCCGGACAGUAGGCAGUCUAAUGUGAAACCCAAUACUAGUCCUUUAAGGAAUUUUUCUCCGUUGAGAAAAUUGAGGACCAGAAAGGAAUCUGGUUGGGGAAAAUACUUUGAUCAUGGAGGGGGAAGGGUAACAGCUGUGGAAGCAGCUGAUGAGUACAUGGUUGAUCUUUCACAGUUGUUUCUUGGGCUUAGGUUUGCUCACGGGGCUCAUAGUAGGCUUUACCAUGGGAAGUAUAAGGAUGAACCUGUUGCUGUGAAAAUUAUUCGUGUGCCAGAUGAUGAUGAAAACGGAAGCUUAGCAGCUAGAUUAGAGAAGCAAUUUAAUCGAGAAGUAACUCUUCUGUCGCGUCUCCACCAUCCUAAUGUAAUUAAGUUUAUGGCAGCAUGCAGACAACCACCUGUCUUUUGCAUUGUGACAGAAUACUUGUCAGAGGGCUCUUUGAGGGCAUACUUGCACAAGCUUGAGCAUGAAACACUGCCCUUGGAAAAGUUAAUCUCCAUGGCACUUGAAAUCGCUCGUGGGAUGGAAUACGUGCAUGCUGAAGGCAUCAUUCAUAGGGAUCUUAAACCCGAGAAUAUUCUUAUUGAUCAAGAUUUUCACAUGAAAAUUGCUGAUUUUGGAAUUGCCUGUGAGGAAGUACAUUGUGAUCCUUUUGCUGAUGAUCCUGGAACAUACCGCUGGAUGGCUCCUGAGAUGAUUAAGCAUAAACCUUAUGGACGGAAGGUUGAUGUAUACAGCUUUGGACUCAUGUUAUGGGAGAUGGUAUCUGGAAGCAUUCCUUAUGAGGACAUGACUCCUAUCCAGGCUGCUUUUGCUGUUGUUAAUAAGAACUUGCGGCCUGCGUUUCCUAAGUGCUGUCCUCCUGCCAUGAGAGCUUUAAUUGAACAAUGUUGGUCAUUACAACCAGAUAAACGGCCCGAGUUUUGGCAGGUUGUAAAAGUCCUCGAGCAGUUUGAAACUUCACUCGCUCACGAUGGAAACUUGAUGUUGUUACAAAAUUCCAUUUGUCAGGAUCAAAAGAAAGGUUUUCUGAAUUGGAUACAGAAGCUUGGUCCGCCCCAUAAUCAUUCUAAGUCUAUGCCUAAACCCAAGUUUAGUUGACCGGACCUCGUUUACGUAGUUCAUUUGAAUCACCUUGUAUUCUUGUAAUUAGUAGGCCUGCCUAUUUUUUAGUGUCAUUUAAUCGUGUUGCUAUUUCUCAUGUGUGUGUGUGAAGUCAAUAGGAUAGUGGGCAUGCUUUGAGUUUGAUUGCUUCUUUAUGCACUACAAGCAUAGCCAAUAUACAUUUUGAUAUUGAUUACAAAAUUCCCGUUUUCAUUUGCAA